GGCGGGUGCGCGGGGCUCGCGAGCUGGUCGGCGGCUGGGGCGGAGGAGGAGGAGCUGAAGGCGGUGGCCGGGGCUCCCGCCCGCACAGACAGCCAGUCCCGCGAAGCCCCCUCCCACUCUCAGGCGGGCGGCGGCGGGAGGAGGAGAAGGAGGAGGGAGCGUCUCUGCCGCCGCCUCCUGGUCCCCAGCGCCGAUCUGCCGCCGCCACCUCCCUCCGCGGCGAUCCUCCCUCCAUGGUCCUGCCGCGGCCCCCCCUGUAGCCCGAGCUGCCCCGCGCCUCGCCGGAGCCAGCCUCGGCAGAGGGAGCGGUCGCGGCCUCGCGGCCCGCGCGGGCUGACGGGCGGAGAGCGCGGCGCCGCGCGGUCCCCGAAGAUCCACACGCCGGGCAGCGCGGCCCGAGCAGCGCGAGGAGCAGCGGGCGGGCGGGCGGCGCCGGGCCCGGGCCGCCCUCGCUCCCGCGCCCCGGCCCCGCCGCCCGCGCCGGGGCGGUCGCCCGCAGAGGAAGGCGCCGCAGUCUCCGGGCCUCGCAGCCCCACUCGAGCGUCCUCAGCACCGAGGGCUCGCGGGUCCUGAGGGGAGGAGAGCCAGGGGCCGGGCACUGAGCUCUUUGGCGCCCCCACCCCCGUUUUCGGAGCCCUCCACGCUGCGGCCGCUGUCCCCUCCGGACCAUGGCCGACGACGACGUGCUGUUCGAGGAUGUGUACGAGCUGUGCGAGGUGAUCGGCAAGGGUCCCUUCAGUGUUGUACGACGAUGUAUCAACAGAGAAACUGGGCAGCAAUUUGCUGUAAAAAUUGUUGAUGUAGCCAAGUUCACAUCAAGUCCAGGGUUAAGUACAGAAGGUAAGAGAUGGAUUUCAAAUCUAAAGCGGGAAGCCAGUAUCUGUCAUAUGCUGAAACAUCCCCACAUUGUAGAGUUAUUGGAGACAUAUAGCUCAGAUGGAAUGCUUUACAUGGUUUUUGAAUUUAUGGAUGGCGCAGAUCUGUGUUUUGAAAUCGUAAAGCGAGCUGACGCUGGUUUUGUAUACAGUGAAGCUGUAGCCAGUCACUACAUGAGACAGAUACUGGAAGCUCUACGCUAUUGUCAUGAUAAUAACAUAAUUCACAGGGAUGUGAAGCCCCACUGUGUUCUCCUUGCCUCAAAGGAAAACUCGGCACCUGUUAAACUUGGGGGCUUUGGGGUAGCUAUUCAAUUAGGGGAGUCUGGACUUGUAGCUGGAGGACGCGUUGGAACACCUCAUUUUAUGGCCCCAGAAGUUGUCAAAAGAGAGCCUUAUGGAAAACCUGUAGAUGUCUGGGGUUGUGGCGUGAUCCUUUUUAUCCUGCUAAGUGGUUGCUUGCCUUUUUAUGGAACCAAGGAAAGAUUGUUUGAAGGCAUUAUUAAAGGAAAAUAUAAGAUGAAUCCAAGGCAGUGGAGCCAUAUCUCUGAAAGUGCCAAAGACCUAGUCCGUCGCAUGCUGAUGCUGGAUCCAGCUGAAAGGAUCACCGUUUAUGAAGCACUGAAUCACCCAUGGCUUAAGGAGCGGGAUCGUUAUGCCUACAAGAUUCAUCUUCCAGAAACAGUAGAGCAACUGAGGAAAUUCAAUGCAAGGAGGAAACUAAAGGGUGCAGUACUAGCAGCUGUGUCAAGUCACAAAUUCAACUCAUUCUAUGGUGACCCCCCCGAAGAGUUGCCAGAUUUCUCCGAAGACCCUACCUCCUCAGGACUUCUAGCAGCAGAAAGAGCAGUCUCACAGGUGCUGGACAGCUUGGAAGAAAUUCACGCACUUACAGACUGCAGUGAAAAGGACUUAGAUUUUCUACACAGUGUUUUCCAGGAUCAGCAUCUUCACACACUACUAGAUCUGUAUGACAAAAUCAACACAAAGUCUUCGCCACAAAUCAGGAAUCCUCCGAGCGAUGCAGUACAGAGAGCCAAAGAGGUAUUGGAAGAAAUUUCAUGUUACCCUGAGAAUAAUGACGCAAAGGAGCUAAAGCGUAUUUUAACACAACCUCAUUUCAUGGCCUUACUUCAGACUCACGACGUAGUGGCACAUGAAGUUUACAGCGAUGAGGCAUUGAGGGUCACACCUCCUCCCACCUCUCCCUAUUUAAAUGGUGAUUCUCCAGAAAGUGCGAACGGAGAUAUGGAUAUGGAGAAUGUGACCAGAGUCCGCCUGGUCCAGUUCCAAAAGAACACAGAUGAGCCCAUGGGAAUCACUUUAAAAAUGAAUGAGCUAAAUCAUUGUAUUGUUGCAAGAAUUAUGCACGGGGGCAUGAUUCACAGGCAAGGUACACUUCAUGUCGGUGAUGAAAUUCGAGAGAUUAAUGGCAUCAGUGUGGCUAAUCAAACAGUGGAACAGCUGCAAAAAAUGCUUCGGGAAAUGCGGGGGAGUAUCACCUUCAAGAUCGUGCCAAGUUACCGCACUCAGUCAUCGUCCUGUGAGAGAGAUUCCCCCUCCACUUCCAGACAGUCCCCAGCUAAUGGUCAUAGCAGCACUAACAAUUCUGUUUCGGACUUGCCAUCAACUACCCAACCAAAAGGACGACAGAUCUAUGUAAGAGCACAAUUUGAAUAUGAUCCAGCCAAGGAUGACCUCAUCCCCUGCAAAGAAGCUGGCAUUCGAUUCAGAGUUGGCGACAUUAUCCAGAUUAUUAGUAAGGAUGAUCACAACUGGUGGCAGGGUAAACUGGAAAACUCCAAAAAUGGAACCGCAGGUCUCAUUCCUUCUCCUGAACUUCAGGAAUGGCGAGUCGCUUGCAUCGCCAUGGAGAAAACCAAACAGGAGCAGCAGGCCAGCUGUACCUGGUUCGGCAAGAAAAAGAAGCAGUACAAAGAUAAAUACUUGGCAAAGCACAAUGCAGUGUUCGAUCAAUUAGAUCUCGUUACAUAUGAAGAAGUAGUAAAACUGCCGGCAUUCAAAAGGAAAACACUAGUCUUAUUAGGUGCGCACGGUGUUGGGAGAAGACACAUAAAAAACACUCUCAUCACAAAGCACCCAGACCGGUUUGCAUACCCUAUUCCACAUACAACCAGACCUCCAAAGAAAGAUGAAGAAAAUGGAAAGAAUUAUUACUUUGUAUCUCAUGACCAAAUGAUGCAAGACAUCUCUAAUAACGAGUACUUGGAGUAUGGCAGCCAUGAGGAUGCGAUGUAUGGGACAAAACUGGAGACUAUCCGGAAGAUCCAUGAGCAGGGCCUGAUUGCAAUACUGGACGUGGAGCCUCAGGCACUGAAGGUCCUGAGGACUGCGGAGUUUGCUCCUUUUGUUGUUUUUAUUGCCGCACCGACUAUCACUCCAGGUUUAAAUGAGCUGCCAAAAUGGUGCAGAAAAUUGCCCGAUGAAUCUCUUCAACGUCUGCAGAAGGAGUCCGAUAUCUUACAGAGAACAUACGCACACUACUUCGAUCUCACAAUUAUCAACAAUGAAAUUGAUGAGACAAUCAGACAUCUGGAGGAAGCCGUGGAGCUCGUGUGCACAGCCCCGCAGUGGGUCCCGGUCUCCUGGGUCUAUUAGGCCUCUCCCAAGAGACCUGCCGCGAACCCAGGAGCCACCUCAUACAUGGAAAAGCCUCUUUGUUAUCGGCCGUGUGUCAGCAGGUCAUGGUCCCUAAGACUACCUAGUUGUAGUGUGACCUCCAUUUAUAAUUAUUGUCAUGUCCGAAUAGAUAGGAGGAGAAAACAAUUACACACUCAUUUAAAGAGACAGUAUCUUUUUUAAUCAGUUCUCCUAAACUUUAAUAAAAUGUAUCUUUAAAUGUAUGUAUUAUUCAAUCCUUUGGAAUGUUAUAUUUUUGGAAAUCAUAGCUUUUUAUUUCCAAGGCCCCUAAAAACUGCACAAAAUAGAUGCUGCUUUCUAUAAUCUAUUUUAAUAAUAAACAAUGAUUCUGUUACCUUGACUGGGGGUGGAACACUACAUUCUUUUUAGAGUCUGAUUUUAUGAAUUGGAAUAUCUUUCUUUCCUUUAUUUAUUUGAAAUAAUCAGUCUUAGUGAUUACAAAACAGUCAUAAAUUUCUAAAGGCCUUUUUUCUUUUUUUUUUUUUUUUAGAAUAGCUUUUUUUUUUUUAAGUCCUUUAUGUAACAUCCAGAUAAUGUGAUACUGUCUCUUUGAAGCACCCUGUAAACCUUUUAGAGAUUUGAAGUUGGGUCUUGACUCUUAAUGCAUGUGGACAGUCGCGAGCGUUUAUGCUGUCGGUGUGUCUGUGUUGGACAAAACUAUCUGUAAUCUACAGCAAAGUACAUUCCGUUCACGGGGCACACCCAGGGGAGUAAGAAUAAAAUGCUAUUAUGACUAAGUUGUAAACCUAUGCACAUCCCUUGCAUUUCGGGCAACUUUAUAAAAAAAAAACUGAUUUUUAUUAAUAAUCAUGUAGUGAAAUGUGUUUGUAAUUUUGUCUCAAUUUAAUUUGUUGUAAGGUGGGAGGGGGAAUUGCUGGUUUCACCAUUUCAGAUCUGUGUUGUCUGAGAGUAUUAACAUUUUAAUUAAGCAGAGAAAUGAGGAUUUUUAAUAUGUAUGUAAUUGUUUUAAAGCACCCAUUUUAAGAAAAUAUACUGUGCAAUGAAGAAACCAGUUUAGGCAUUUGCUAUAAACUGAAUUAUUCCAAAAGAAUAAUCUAUAACAGCCCUGUAAAUUCCUUUAAAAUGAUAACUAACAGGACAGUUUGACCAAUUUUUUUUUUUAAAUAUACUUCCUUUUAUGUGUUCAAUAAUUAAAUGCCUUUGGGUCCUUCAUUUCAUUACAGAUUUGUUGAGGUUUACAAGCUGAUGAUCUUUUAGAUUUUGUAAUUCAUUAGAUGCUCAUUGAACCACUGAAGGCCCAGGAGUGACUGUCAGUAGGCAGGACAACAAAAUACUCCGCCAGAGCACAGCUCGGACCACCUCUGGCUCCCAGAGCGCAGUGCGCCUGAGGGCCACCCACGUACCGGAGGCCGUCUGUGGUUUCUCCUUCCUCUUGCUAUAUCCCUUGGCACAGGAGAAUCAUCGUCCCUUGUUGCUUUAGAGACAUGAACCAUCUCAUCACCCUUCCAUGAGGUCACAUUCUUCCAGUACAGGAGACUCAGGCUGGGGUUUUCCAACUCUUGACCAGAGGUCAGCAGAAGAUUCUUCCUUAGAGGGUCAGGGUGUGAAGUGGUUCUGUUAACCUUCGAUCCUUGAGAAAAUACCAUCCUGUUUGCUUCUUGUCAGUUAGAUGGCCUCAUCGCUUUGUGCCUUGGCGGGAUGUGCAGGCUGUGUUGUGAGCUAAAAGGCUCCUCUUGAAGGACCACACAGAGGAGGCAUUUGUAUUCUCCUUGUAAGGUGUCACCCUCCCCUCCCAACAACUCUUAUUAAACAAUGAUUUUUUUCUUUUUUC